UCGUCGGCGGAGUCAGAGUCGAGUGACCGAUUAUUGUGUGAACAUGUUGCUGACCGCGCUGCUCGCUGUGUGUUGUGCGUCGGGGGCGCUGGCCACGGCUGUCCCGUUCAUCAAGCCGUGUCCGAUCGACGACUCGCCGUGCAUACUGAAGGCGGCGAACGCGGCGCUGCCGAAGUUCGCGCAGGGCCGCCCCGAGAUGGGCAUCGAGCCGCUCGAGCCCAUGUACAUCAAGCGCAUGGUGAACGACAACGCCGGCCUCAAGCUCACCUUCACCGACAACUACAUCAAGGGCAUGAGCACCUGCACCAUCUCUAACCUCAAGAGCGAGAUCCUCAGCAAGAAGUCUCACACGCUGACGUUCAAGUGUCCGAGCAUCGUGAUCGACGGCGACUACCGCAUCGACGGCCAGCUGCUGCUGCUCACCAUACAGGGCCACGGCAAGUUCAAGAUUGACUUGCGCGACGUGAUACUGAAGGUGACGACUCAGUUGGGCAAGGUGACGGGCGCGGACGGCAAGCAGCACUUCAACAUCGAGUCCUGGAAGAACUCCUUCAAGGUGCAGACCUCCGCGCACUUCGACUUCGAGAAUCUCUUCAAUGGAAAUGAGGUUAUCGCGAAAUCAAUCCUGGAGUUCAUGAACACGAACUGGAAGGACGUGCUGGCGGAGGCGGGCGAGCCCAUACACAAGGCCAUCACGGGCAAGGCGGUAGAGGUCGCGCAGAAACUUUACAAUUACAGCUCGGACGACGAACUAUAUGUUUUAUAAUCUAGGUUACUCAUCAAAGACUAUUAAGUUAAGAUAUGUGCAAUAAAUUUUGUUAUAGUUU